AUGGAAUCAGCCCAUGCUCCUGGGACCGCCGACCUCACUUCCGCUCACGGCCCAGACGAAGGAUGGUCUCCUUUAACAGAUGGCUUCGGGGGGUUUGUUGACAUUGGAACCCUCUCUGGCGACCGCGGCCAAACACCUCGACUCGAAACUGAACAUCUGUACGGCGAUGAUCUGAUCGGUGUCAGUAUGAGUCGAGUGCAGACACACAUGAGAUCUCCGGAAACUCCUGUGGCCGAAAAAGCCAAAGCACUGAAUCUCCCCGUUGAGUACUUUCGCCGAAUCCUGGAACUGGCCGAAGAAUCUGAGAACGCCAAUGGAAGCGACGAAGCAAGCGACAGCCAGUCCAGCACGCCGCACGCCAGUCCGAGGCCACCCGCGCUCGACCAGGAUGAUGCCGAACGGUCUGCCUCUCCCGCGAGAAGUUUCUCACUCGAUUCACCUUCGAAACACCACAGGAAUUCCGUCGGUGCACCAGAUCGUCCGUGUAAUAGGACGGACCCAUCCCAGACUUCAAUGCCGGAAGAUGCAGAUCACCCUGCAAGGACAAACUGGGGGUACCAAUUCCCACCGCACCCAGCCCGGGAACCACCUCCGCCGCCUCAAAACGAUCAAAGCCCCCAACAGACUCGACAAGUUGAGAACGACGUCGCACACAUUGACAGCCUCGAAGAAGAGCCCCAAUCGCCGCAACCUCACCGAUUGUCCGUCAGCAGGAACCUUCUCAGUGGGGUUGGAAGGGAGCGAAGGCGCAGUUUUUCGUCGGCUCCAACGGCGUUACUUUCCAAUUUACGAAAGCUGUUACCGGACCUUCCAUCUGGACACUUCAACAGGAGUUCCAUUUCCCUCUCCUUUUUGCCAUCGAGCAACGGAAAUUCGGGGUCGCAGAGUCCUUCUGGCGGCCAGAUGACACCAACUAACCGCACAUUUCGAUGGUCCCUUCGCGAACCGCCCCAAAGACGUAACACUGACGACACAUCCGGCGUGCUGCAGCAACACCUUGUGCCUGCUCAUGACCUCGCCACGGUUUCGCGGAGUCAGCUGGAUGGCAAUGUGGAAUCAUUGCUCUCACCCACCAGUCCGGCGUCCAACGUUAGCCGGGCACGUUCCAACUCCGAGGGAUCUUUGUAUAUAAGAAGAAGGGUCUCGGGCGUAUCGGCGUACGAUGACAUCAGCGCAUUUGCCCACGUUACUGAUAUGGCCAAUUCUCGAUUCAAAGCCAUCACCGACAGUUUCCAGAAUUCAAGCCUGAAAUUGCCCCGGCUACCGGCACUCCGACAAGUAGCGAAGCGACGGACGUCGCCCGACCGAGUGAACGGAGGAAUUUCUCGCGAAAUCGACGACACGAGCGGCGAUGGACGAGAACAGGCCUCUCCGCACGCUUCGGUCAGGAAAAUACGGAAUGCCGCCAAAGGGGUCGAGGUGGAAACUCCGCAGCAGCGAGCCCAUCCGAUACUGUCACGCGCUCUUUCCAAGACCACCGGUGAUCUCGUUAUUUUGGGCGGUUACAGAGGAUCAAUUUUGAGAUCAGCGCAACCUCCUCAUCGACAACUCUGGGUCCCCAUCAAAGUUGGACUGAACAUGCGCAAGGUAGAUCUGGAAGUGGGUUUGACGCGGGAGGAUGAAGAACGCAUGGAACAGACCAUCAUCCCAUCGGGUAUUCUUUCGCAUAUCGGUCCGAUCGAUAUCUGUCGAAGACUGCUCAAACAUAUGAAAAAAUGCCCCAACACACGUGAGAAUAAACUCCGAGUGCACGACUGGGGCUAUGAUUGGCGACUGUCCCCGGAUCUUCUCAGUGGAAAAUUGAUCAAGUUUUUGGAGUCACUGGAGUGCAAUCGCCCGGAGACACCUCCCGAGAAACGAGGUGCCACCGUUGUCGCACACAGUCUGGGGGGUUUGAUCACACGACACGCUGUCAACCAACGGCCCGAGCUUUUUGCGGGUGUGGUCUACGCCGGCGUUCCGCAGCACUGUGUCAAUAUUUUGGGCCCGUUGCGGAAUGGGGACGAUGUGCUUCUCAGUUCUCGCGUCCUCACGGCGCAGGUCAAUUUCACCCUUCGAACGAGCUACGCGCUUCUUCCGGAGGACGGUCGCUGCUUCAUCCAGAAACACACGAACAAGAGGUACGAUCUGGACUUCUUCGAUCCGCAUGUCUGGGACGAGUACCACCUGUCUCCCUGCAUCAACCCGCCGUUACCCCGCAGCCUCCGCGAGAAAGAAGAUCGUAGGAAGAGUAUUAUUGGAGCUCUUUCCGAAAGCAUUUCGGGGUCCAACAAGCGUUCAUCCUGGUUCGGGGGCCAAGAUCCCCCGGGCCAGCCCUCCCAGCAAACAGAUCCUCGAGAAGCUCUUGAAGAAGCACACCAGCAUGCCGUCGACAAGGUCCUCGAGGCGGGUCAGGACGUGGAAGGUAAUGCAGAAGGGAUGGUUGGACCAUCAAUGAAACAAUCUCAUCACCGAACCUCCAUUGCCACUGCUGUGACGAUUCCGAAAGACCUCGCAGAAGACUACCUGGAUCGCACGCUCGCGGAGGUGUCGGUCUUUAAACAGCAGUUGAAGUUCAAUCCCAGCCACCAGGAGAACAAUGUUUACCCACCGCACGCGUUUAUCUUUGGCAAGACGGUGCCUACGGUGUACGGGGCCCGAGUCGCCAAUAGGGAGGCGAUCAAGUACACUGAUGCAUUCGAUGACCUGGCGUUUGCUGCUGGAGACGGAGUGGUGCUUGCGAGUGCGGCACAGCUCCCAGAAGGUUACCGAUGUGUCAAAGGGGGGCGAGUGGAGAGUGACCGGGGUCAUGUGGGCAUCAUGGGCGACCUCGAAGGGAUGGGGCGGUGUCUGGAGGCAGUGGUCGAUGCCAGGGCUAAGGGCGUUGGGCUGGGAGAGUCAUAUGCUCGUCACGCCAGAGACUCGAGUGACUCAUGA